AUGGAGUUGUUGGAUCUACCGCCAGAGAUCUUCGAAAAGGUUAUCGAGAGCUAUGUUCAUACUGUUGGGGUUUGCAAGGCAUGGAAGCGCCGCAAGGUUUGCAAAACAUUCGCGGCCUUCAUCUCCGAGGAAUACACAGCCAAAACAAAAUUGAACAAGGCGCUUGAUGAAGUCACAUGGGCUGCUGUUGCCUCUUGGCACUGGGAUACGGCCAUCGUGCUGAUAGACUGGUGGUUUCAGCAUUGCCGUAAGCCACAGCCGCCAACGAUCGUGGCAUGGGCCAACCAAGCAGUCGGUGCUCAAGCGACAGACUUCUUACAUCGACUGCUUGACCAUAAACUCUCUCUGGCAACGAGGAAUCUACUAAUCAAACGUCUCUACGGUCCAAAUUUGUACCCCAGUGGUAUUGACAAUCAGGACUCAUUCAUCGAAGCUUCGAUCGGUCGCAACCUGAUGGAUCUCCGAGGAGCUUACAUCUGUGGAAGGCCGGGUGAGUUCUCUGCAUCUCUGUUAGCACUGGCGGCUCGGAAAGGGGACAUCAAAAUCGCCAAGAAGUGUCUGGAGUGGGGCAUGAGCUCGAAUGGUUUGCGAAGCUACACUGACAGAUUUGAACACCCACUCGUCAAUGCCGUUGCUCGGAGCGACAAAGCAAUGGUCAAGUUGUUACUUGCCCAUGACGCUGAUCCUGAGCCAGCUCAUGAUCACAUCGUCCGGUUUGGUCGUAAACGCGAGGGCAGAGGCAAGAUUUCCAAAAAGAUUGCGAAACGGAUACAAAAAGCGGUGGAUCGCAAAAAGGCGAAAGCCAUCACGGGCGCUUAG